UCACCACCUUCCAUUUCCAUCGUCGAGAACUCAAUUAAAUUCUUAUCAAUCUUUAGUUGCUUUCAGAAAACAUCCCAAUUUUCCAACAAUGUCACUUAUUCCUAGCCUUCUUGGUGGUCGGAGGACUAAUGUCUUCGACCCAUUUUCUCUAGACAUUUGGGAUCCCUAUGAUGGCUUCUUCACCUCUGCCCUUGCCAAUGUCCCCUCUUCAGCCCGUGAAACCUCUGCUUUUGCCAAUGCCAGGAUUGACUGGAAGGAAACGCCUGAAGCUCACAUCUUCAAGGCAGACCUUCCAGGGUUGAAGAAGGAGGAGGUGAAAGUGGAGGUUGAAGAAGGGAGGAUUCUUCAGAUUAGUGGAGAGAGGAGCAGAGAGCAAGAAGAAAAGAAUGACAUGUGGCAUCGCAUUGAGAGGAGCAGUGGCAAAUUUUUGAGGAGGUUCAGGUUGCCUGAGAAUGCUAAGAUAGAUCAGGUGAAGGCUAGCAUGGAGGAUGGUGUGCUCACGGUGACUGUUCCCAAGGAGGAGGAGAAGAAGAAGCCGGAGGUUAAGUCCGUUGAAAUCUCUGGCUAAGUGCAAUGGUUGUGUUGUUUUUCUAAUUUUCAUAUGCAUGUCGAUCAAGUUUGGCUCUUUGUGUGAUUGAGGUGGAUGCUAUGUGUAAGUUUGUUGUGUCUUGUUUAUCUUAUGACUACGAAAAUGUGUGGUUCUGAAUAAAAGGUUGCCUUACAA